AAUAAGCCGUCUGAUGGCUGUGAUGCUGCUGAACAGGCUGCUACAGCAGAACCACUAAUGAGAGACGAUUUUAUUGAAGGAGAAGGGAUAUCAAGAGAAUAUGAUUUUGAAGAGGAGUGGAGACCACCUCGGGACAAGCUAAUGAUGAUCCAGCAGUGCAAUUCGAUGACUCUAACUUUUGAUCCCCACGUAGCCCAUCCAAUACUCAAGGUGUACGAGGGUGGCAAAAAACUAACACGUGGUAUACAUUUACGGCCUUACUCUCCUCUUUUUGAGCGACCAUUUUUAAAUCAACCCUAUGUCCUUGCGACUGAAGGAUUCUCCUCAGGCAGAUUCUACUAUGAGGUUUGUGUCAGCAAGAGUAAAGUCUGGACUUUGGGAGUGGUCAAAGAGUCUGUGAACAAGCACAUGGGUUUUCCUCCCACCCCCAAAGAUGGAGCCUGGACAUUAAGCGCACGGUACACUGGAUGGGAUGUGCAAUAUUUUGCCUGUGAUUCCGAGAUUCUUCUUUCACAUGUGAGACAGAGACCCAAAACAGUUGGUGUGUUUGUCGAUUACGAGAAAGGAGAGGUCUCGUUCUAUGACGUGGAUACCAGAACCCUGAUGUACUCCUUCACAGGAUGUACCUUCACUGAGAAACCAUCAACAUUAAAAGCUCUUCUGUAUUAUCUGCUUGGCUUUCCUUUAAGUAACAGGUGCAAGCUGUAUCCUAUUUUUGGAAUCUUUCCAAUAGGUAAUAAUUUUGCCAACCAAAUAUCCAUCACAACUUAACUGUGGACCUCACAACUUAAAGUGCCACGUGUCAUUAAGUUGUUAUCAUUGAGGAAGAGGCUACGUGCUUUUGAAUACAUAGUGCUAAACAUGUUCUGCAGCCAAGACCUCAUAACAAUUUAGAAGCAGCAGACGUAGUGGUAUGACAUAGUACAGGAGAACAGAUUCAUGUACAAAGUAGUUAUAAGCAUAAAUGGUUGCAUUACCUGUAUUUAGCCAGUAGGUAGCACCAUUGUUUAGCCAUUGUGCUGAUGUGCUGCCUUAGAAAUAAAGGGCCUGGAGGGUGGCAUCAUGGGAAAUUAACUGCAUUUAUAGUCAAAAAUGCUUAUAUACAUAUUUUAUGCACAUGUCAGUUUUGGACUCAUUGUCUACAAUUUUGCUUUUGACAUCACUGACUGUCAACAUUUUUACUGUCUUGUGUAAUUUAGUCAAUAAUUUUGCUUUUCUUUCCACUUAUCAUCAGUGCAUCCAAAAGCAGAACUGAAGGUUCUGAGUUUUCUGUACAGAGUUUACAUGUUCUUCCAGUGAGUGUGUGGGUUUCCUGAUGGACUGACGACCUCUCUGAAGUAUAACCUCUCCCUUUACAGCUGGGAGCAUUUAUGAAAAUGACUAGAUGGAUUUACAAAAUGCCAAAAACCAUCAUCUGACGACAAGCUGUUUUUUUUUUUGGGG